AUGAAUUUCUCGUUUUCGGGAUGUGGUUUUCUUGGAAUAUAUCAUAUUGGAGUAGCUAGCUGUUUCAAAACACAUGCGCCACAACUUAUUGAAUCCUGCAAAUUUGCAGGUGCCAGCGCCGGAGCUAUUGUGUCAUGUUGUUUAAUGUGUGGAUGUUGUUUGGGGGAAUGUACUAACUUUACUUUACGUCUGGCAACAAAAGCAAGAUCAAGAACACUUGGACCUUUACAUCCUAGUUUUCAUAUCAACAAAAUAUUACGUGAAGCCUUGCGGCAAGUUUUGCCUGAAAAUGCCCAUGAAAUUGCCAGUGGAAGAUUAUUUAUAUCAUUAACCAGGGUAUCAGAUAAACAGGCUGUUAUCGUUUCCCAAUAUGAUUCCAAAGAAGAACUCAUUCAGGCAUUAUUAUGCAGUUCUUUCGUGCCAUUUUACAGUGGAUUGAUUCCACCAAAAUUUCGAGGAGAGAGAUAUGUAGAUGGUGGAUUGAGUGAUAAUUUACCAAUAUUAGAUGAACAUACUAUCACAGUGGCACCUUUUGCAGGUGAAAGUGAUAUUUGUCCAAAGGACCCCUCAUCUAAUUUUUUACAUAUUAAUAUAGUUAAUACCAGUAUGCAGUGUAGUGCUAAAAAUUUAUACCGUAUGUCCCAUGCUCUGUUUCCACCUGACCCAGAAGAAUUAAGUAAUAUGUGUCGUCAGGGCUUUGAUGACACAUUAGUCUUCCUUCAGCAAAAUAGUCUGAUAUCAUGUACAAGACAUCUGACAGUAAGAUCAUCUAUAACAACUAAAUCAUUAACAGAAGAUGAAUCAAUGUUAGAUAGUCUAAAUUCUCCAUCUACCUCCCAUAAUAAUCAUAAUGAAGAUGAAUGUCCAGAAUGUAAAAAGAAAUUACAAGUUGCUUUAUUAGAUUCUUUACCACCAAGUGUUGUUUAUGCACUACAAACGGCAUGUGAUUCAGUGAAUAAAGGAUUGGUGAAUUAUUUUUAUAGUACCAGACCUAUUAGAUUAUUAUCUAUUGUUUUUACACCUUGGAUGUUACCUGUUGAAAUAGUUUAUAAUACUGGUGUUAAGUAA